CUCCAGCCUACGCUUCCUCCUCGCCGCCACCCCGGCAGCGCUGCUAUAUCAUCCCGCGGCCGCGAGGAGGAGCGUCCCGUCUCUUCUCGUCGGCAGCAGCAGCAGCAGGAGGAUAGCAAUGGCGGCGGAGAGGAAGAACGGCGGGGUGCUCGCGCUCUUCGAUGUCGACGGCACCCUCACCGCGGCUCGCAAGGAGGUCACUCCGGAGAUGCUCGAGUUCAUGAAGCAGCUGCGCGAGAAUGUGACCGUGGGCGUGGUGGGCGGAUCCGAUCUGGUCAAGAUCUCCGAGCAGCUCGGCAAAUCAGUCAUCACCGAUUACGACUACGUCUUCUCUGAAAACGGUCUGGUCGCGCACAAGAACGGCGAGCUCAUCGGGACGCAGAGUUUGAAAACGUAUCUUGGAGAUGAUCAGCUAAAGGAGUUUAUUAACUUCACUCUCCAUUACAUCGCGGACUUGGAUAUCCCGAUCAAAAGGGGUACGUUUAUAGAGUUCAGGAGCGGAAUGAUCAAUGUGUCGCCGAUAGGGAGGAACUGUAGCCAGGAAGAACGUGAUGAUUUUGAGAAGUAUGAUAAGGUACAUAAUGUUCGGCCCAAAAUGGUGACAGUGCUUCGUGAAAAGUUUGGCCACUUGAACCUCACAUUUUCUAUUGGAGGGCAGAUUAGUUUUGAUGUAUUCCCAAAAGGCUGGGACAAAACCUACUGCUUGAGAUAUCUCGAAGAAUUUCAAGAAAUCCAUUUCUUUGGGGACAAAACCUACAAGGGUGGCAAUGACCAUGAGAUAUUUGAAUCUGACAGAACAGUUGGUCAUACAGUUACCAGCCCGGACGACACAGUGCAGCAGUGCAGAUCUAUCUUCUUGUCAAAGUGAUUGCCUGAUUAUUGUACCAUUUAUUUUAUAUACUUCACACAAAAUAAUUGCUCCAUAGAUUUCCCUUUCAAUACAUUUUUUGCUAUCCUGCCCUGUUGGGAGUAACUUAUCACCAUUGUUG